UUUAUUCUCAAAGUCUUGAAAGUUUGCUACAAAGUGAAUCCCGCUGAUUUUUCCUGGGAAAAGAAAGGAAAAACGGAUUGUAGAGAGUAGGUGGAUAUGAAUAAUUCAUCAGCAAUGGCAACAGUCCCUUCGGCUUCUGAAUAAGCUAGUGUUUCCUCAGCUGGCAAUCCAAUGAUAGCUGCUCAAGUUGGACCCGUCAAGAAAAAGCGUAACCUUCCUGGAAUGCCAGAUCCAGAUGCAGAAGUGAUAGCCUUAUCACCAAAGACUCUCUUAGCAACAAACCGAUUUGUAUGUGAGAUCUGCAACAAGGGUUUCCAAAGAGACCAGAAUUUGCAACUACACAGAAGAGGCCAUAACUUGCCAUGGAAACUCCGGCAGAGAAACGGGAAAGAAGUUAAAAAGCGCGUGUACGUCUGCCCUGAAGCAACCUGCAUUCAUCACGACCCCUCCAGAGCACUUGGGGACCUAACUGGCAUCAAAAAACACUUCUGCAGAAAACACGGCGAGAAGAAAUGGAAGUGUGAACGGUGCUCUAAGAAGUAUGCCGUCAUCUCUGAUUGGAAAGCGCACACGAAAACUUGCGGCACCAGAGAAUACCGCUGCGACUGCGACACCCUAUUUUCCAGGCGGGAUAGCUUUAUCACGCAUCGGGCGUUUUGUGAUGCCUUGGCGCAAGAGAGCGCGCGGUCCCAAACCCAAACUUUGGCUAUAACUAAUGAGGAGGGAACGUUGAAGGUCCAGGCUCAGACGACGACGACGAGGACGUCGUCAUCGAGUCCUCCACCGUCUCCGCUUACUCCGUCAACUGGCGUGCUAAAUAGCUAAUCAAAAAAAUGUAUGAUUUUAAGACAAAGCCCCUCUUAUUAUGAAGCUUGAUUCCGUUGGAGAUGGAAGAAUCAAGAAGGGGAAAAAGGACAGUAAAGUUUGGUGGUUGGAGGAGUUUUGAGAGGAGGA